UUUGUCACAACCAGGGAUUUCCAGGCCUGACGGAUGGCUCCUGAGAACUGCACUGUGUUUACUGAGUUCAUCUUCGUAGGACUUUCUAGAAGAUGGGAUGUGCAACAGGGGCUCUUUGUGUUCUUUCUGCUGGUUUAUGGCAUCACUGUGAUCGCCAACCUGGGAAUGAUCCUGCUGAUCAAGGUGGACUCCAGACUCCACACGCCCAUGUAUUACUUCCUGAGCAAUCUGUCUUUCUGUGAUAUCUGCUACUCCUCCUCUGUCUCUCCCAAGAUGCUGGCUGAUUUCUUAUCUGAGCAAAAGAGGAUCCCAUAUAAUUUCUGUGCCAUGCAGAUGUAUUUUUGGGGCACCUUUGCAGAUGUGGAGUGCCUCAUGCUGGCUGUCAUGGCUUAUGACCGGUAUGUAGCCAUUUGCAACCCACUCCUGUACACAGUUGCCAUGUCCAGGAGACUCUGCACCCAGUUAGUGGCUAUCACUUACGUAGCCGGGAUGGUGGAUUCUGCAAUCCAUACCUGCUUCACAUUUCGAUUGUCAUUUUGCAAUUCCAAUAUCAUCAAUCACUUCUUCUGUGACAUCCCACCCUUGUUGGCCAUCUCCACCUCGGAUACAUCCAUCAAUGAGAUACUGUUGUUUACUCUUGGUAGCUUUAUUCUGGGGUGCAGCAUUAUUACCGUCCUCCUUUCCUACAGCUACAUCAUUGUUACCAUCAUGAAAAUGAGCUCAGCGGAGGGGAGACGCAAAGCCUUCUCUACGUGUGCCUCACAUUUGGUGUCUGUGGCUGUAUUUCAUGGCACACUGCUGUACAUGUACUUUCGACCCAGCUCGAGUUAUUCCAUGGACACGGACAAAAUUACCUCUGUCUUCUACACAGUUGUCAUCCCUAUGUUAAACCCACUCAUCUACAGCUUAAGGAAUAAGGAUGUGAAGGGUGCCCUGAAAAAAGCAAUCAGAACUAAAGUGUGUCCUGGGUAAAGCCAUGACAUCUUGUCCAGAAUU